UUUCUCGACAAUUACUGGAUGGAUUCCCAUGAUGGUUUGGUACAUUCAUGGCCCCCUCAUGAUGCAUUGUAAUAUUUAAUGGUACUCUUUCAUCUAGAACCAACAUAUCACAUUUAAAUGUAUACUAAUUUCUCCAAAAUGAACAAAAAAAGCAAAAGUAAUGACAUCCGGAUCAGACAUGGUAAAAAUGACACGUAAAAUCAGCAUGUUUCGGGCAUCGUAACAUUCAGAAAGCAAGCUCAAAGCACGGCUGUGUCACAUUUUUUAUAAAACACAUAUAAGAACAACCCACAUUUACCAAACUCAUUACAAAUAAAAAACACACUAAUGCCUUUGCUAUGCAGAGUGCUAUGGGUGUGAUAGCGCUGUUGCUAAGGAGGCUAAUAACACCAGACAAAGACCAAAUAAAACCGAGAUGUUGAUCCAUGUUUUUGUCUCUCUGCAGGUUGACGUGUCUGUCUACCUGCCUGGACCUGGUGAAGCGCUGCUGCCUGCUCUACAAAGACCUCAUGUCUUUCUCACACAUCUUCCAACCAAUCAGGACGCUGCUUUACAAACAUCUUUCAGCCCAAGCGUUACCAGAGCCUUUGAAGGAGCUCCACAGUGAGAUCCUGGAGAUCAUCAGCGGUGUUCCUGCGGCCCACAGUCGGCUGGUUUUAGAGAAGAAGAAGCCCAUUCCUCUGAAGCUGCUCACACCCAAGAUUGUUGAAAUAUUGGACUUUGGCGACAGCAGCAGCAGCAGCAGCAGCAGCUCAACACAACCACCACUGUAACCUCCAAUAGAGAAAAUUACAGUCAGGUGGCCUUUGAUUGCUAAAAGGCGUUUGCUGCCUGUACCGCUGCUGCUAUGUUACAGGAGAGGGUAAUCAGCACGGCUCAGCCACGUCUGCCAGCACACUUGUGAAAAAGGCAGGCUGUGCGCGUCGGUUGGUGGAGAGAGCAAGAGAGAGAAGGGUAUGCUUCACCGUACCAAAUACAACCGCUUCAGGAAUGAGUCAGUAACAUCCGUCGAUGAGCUUCUCCACGGCCUGUCCAUGAACCCCAAGGUCUCGGCCACCCCCCAGUCUGCAGCCGAGACAUCUUACACGCCCCCGACGGAGGUCCAGGCCUCCUCCACCUCCACCACUGCUUCCAGCACCUCCACCGGCCACGGCUCCGACCACCUGGAAGAUGGAGGCACCACCCUCUGCACCCUCAUCAACAAGGUGUCCAGCCUGAAAUUCAGCAACUCAGGCAGCCUGCUAGGCAUCAAAGGUCUGCCCUCGGCUGUCAAGGACCUGGCUGUGUCUAAGCUGCAGGGGGGUGGGGGAUCCAGUGGUUCGAGCCCCAGCGCGGCAGCCUCUGGUGUGGGCUCGGCCUCCCAUUCAUCCCCCGUCAACAUGAGCAAGAAGAGCAGGCUGGACGAACACCAGCCCGCCGGAGAGGACUGGAACACAGGUGGGGGUGGCGGACUGUUGAGCAAACCCCCCCGAGGGUGGCUACACUCGAGCGAGAAGAUCUCUGGUCCAGGAGUGACAUAUAUUGUGAAGUAUCUCGGCUGUUUAGAAGUCCUUCGGUCAAUGAGAUCUCUGGAUUUCACCACAAGAUCACAAAUUACAAGGGAAGCCAUCAGCCUGGUGUGUGAGGCUGUUCCAGGGACCAAAGGAGCUCUGCGCAAGAGAAAGCCACCGUCCAAAGCUCUGUCCAGUAUCUUGGGUAAGAGCAACCUGCAGUUUGCUGGCAUGUCCAUCAACCUGAAUAUCUCCACUAGUAGCCUCAACCUGAUGACCCCCGACUGCAAACAGAUCAUAGCCAACCAUCACAUGCAGUCCAUCUCUUUUGCAUCAGGUGGAGACCCUGACACAACAGAUUUUGUUGCCUAUGUAGCAAAGGACCCUGUGAACAGAAGAGCAUGUCACAUCCUGGAGUGCUCUGAUGGGCUGGCCCAGGACGUUAUCAGCACCAUCGGCCAGGCCUUUGACCUUCGCUUCCAGCAGUACCUUCAGUGUCCCUCCAGCAAAAUGUCCUCUACACAUGACAGGGUAUUAAACAUGGAGGAGUUGGCAUGGACAGAGGAAGAGGAGGAGUCAUCAGAGCAUCCUUACUACAACAACAUACCCGGGAAGAUGCCGCCCCCUGGAGGCUUCAUCGACACCCGGCUGACCAAUCAGAACGCAGCGUCAGAGGGAGGCCAGGUGGGCCCAGCUUCAGUGGAUCAGACAUAUUACCAAGGGCGGCACUGUGGAGAACACUGGGGAGAUGGAAGAAAGCCCAUAAUCAUACAACAGGGAUCCUUCGACAUAAACAGUCUGCCGGAGAGUAAAGGUCAGGCUUCAAAAACAGUAGAGAUGCCGGCGUAUGUGAACACUCAGCAGAUCGACGCCCAGGUGCUCGCUGCACUCCAGGCAGAGGCAGAAAAUGUGACGAAGGGCAUGGCGGCCGCAGCCAAAGAGAGCCCUCAGAAGGACCUGUUCGACAUGAAGCCCUUUGGGGAUGCCAUCCAGUCGCAGUCCAACCCGGGGUCCCAGGGGCCGGCCCAGCCCCAGGUGUCCAACCUCCACAAGGCGGCGUCCGUGGACAACCUGAGUCCCCUGCUUGUGCGCUCCGUGGCCUUCAGGGCCCAGGAGGAGCUGGAGGGCAAGACGUGGUACCACGGCAAAAUGAGCCGCCGCGACGCGGAGAAACUGCUGAAAGAAGACGGAGACUUCCUGGUUCGUAAGAGCACUACCAACCCGGGGUCCUACGUCCUGACGGGCAUGCACAAUGGACUUUCCAAACACCUGCUGCUGGUGGACCCUGAAGGCACGGUACGGACAAAAGACCAUAUAUUUGACAGCAUUAGCCAUCUUAUUUGCCAUCACCGUGACAACAAUCUGCCGAUUGUGUCAGCUGGCAGUGAACUUUGUCUCCUGCUGCCCGUUGGGAGGAAACAGUGAUGUUUGCAAUGCCUGCUGGGAAAUGGGAAGCUCUGAACAGUCUCUCCUAUCAUACUGAAACUUGAAGAUGGAACAUGAGAAGAUGCUUGAAGGCUUUACGCGCUGACAGUGAUUUUGGGGGAUUGGCCCGUGCUUACUUUACUGGAGGCACUGGAAGACCCAAGAUUUGUUGAAGAUAAAAGAAAUUAUUUAUAGAACUGUUAUUAUUUUGUUGUGAGGACUGAAAUGCUAUAUUUUUGAGAAGACAUAGGUGCAUUUGGACAUAAUAUCUUGAUUUGGUGUUUAAAAGCUAAAAGAAUAAAAAAAGACAAUUGUUCUUGUAGUUUAGACGAAGUGCAAAUCAAACCUCAAAGAGGUGUUAACAAGAGUAUUUUAGAAUAAAGACCUACAAUUUUAGUUUUGUCUGUCAAGCACAACCACAUUUCUACAGAAGCCGUUGGCUGAGAGGAUGAGCAAACAAACAGUUUGGAAAACUUAGUUUUUAAUGAAUUAGUUUGAUAAAAAAAAGGUCCUUUAAUCUCUCCGAUAGUGUGACAGCUCACUAAAUUAGUCACUAUAUGAAAUCUGCUUUUAUUGGGGAUUAGACCUGAAUGUGUUUUGCUUUGCAGUAGUCACAACGUGUUGGGGUGCUAACAGGCAUCCUUCAUAGUGCUGUCAAUGGCUUUAAAGAUAAACUUUUUUUAUGAUGUGUUUUCUCGUGUCACUGCAGUCGCAUGACUUAAAAUCAACUGUUCUUGUGGACAUUGUUCGUAGACCUUGAAACCCCUUCAUUUGAAAGAGGUGCUUGUGUAUGCUGACACUGUAAAAACUAUUUUUGCUUUUCAACCAGUGAUUAUUUCUGAAUUGGUUUCCUCUGGAUUUUUCUUUUAGGUGUGUAGUCAAUGAUUAGUUUGGGGGCUUGGGUCAUGCACUUGAUAUUCUCACAUUUUUAAUUAGCAUUUUCCGUCAUUUUUUGGUGGACUUUUAAAAGGUAUUGUUACUAUUUGAAUGACCGCAAAUGAAUAGCACAAUCAGAAUAAGUUGUAAGACAAAUUACCAAUGUGUUGAGAUGUAAUUGACCGUUUUUACUUAAGAAUUAGGCAAACACAAAGUGUGCACUCAAUACAUCAUGGUUAUUAUGAGAUCACCUUCACUUAUUUAUUAUAACAAAAGGAAUUUCUCACUGAUAUCUUAUUGCAAGACUACUGUUUUGCCACUAGAUGUCAUCGCAGAGAUACUUUUUAUCCCCGUCAGUCGCACACCUCUCUUGUGUUAUCACCUAAUAGUAGCAAAGGAUGCUGGCCGUGUAUUACUUUAAGAAUUCCGAUACCAACAUUUUUUUUGCUUGACAGUUCAGAGUUAAUUUGCAUUUUGCCGUCCACUGUACACAAUCAUUCCUCAGAACGGUUUGCUGUAUUUCCUCUUAAACACACUGUUUUUGUAGAGUAGGAAUCAGACAUGGCUCAUAGAAAUAAUACACAGCAGUUCUUUUUUUAUUUUAUUUUUUAUUUCAUUGUUCAUUUGGCAGGGACAUUGCACAUUCAUGAACACUUAAAACACUAAAUAUUUCAAAUGUAAAUAUGCCGGAUUUAGCUUUGAGCUACUUUCCAUCCACAGUCCCUCUAGCAACAGACUUUUCAAAUGCUCUCAUCCUUACUAUUGUCAGUACUCUAAUGGAUACCAAAUGAAUGGGGCAUUGUAUUUGAUAUGCACUGGACCACUUCAAUUGAACCAAAAUCAGCAUGUGUUCAAUGAGUUUGACAAGACAGAUGCAAUGUAAUAUAACGUGCCUGUAUUUUGCUGCAAGAGGGAGUGUACAAUACAUGCAUCUCACAACAACACUUAUUUUAGCAAAGAAGGAUCCAUAUGACAAUAUCCACCUCUGGAUUUAUUUUGGUUGAAGCUGAUAAGACUUUCCCUUGAUUCCUUGUGUCCUUGAGAGUGGAAGAGGCCAAAUAUUUGAUUGACAGAAGGUGAGAAAAAAAAGCGCGCAAAGAAUCAUGAUAUUUUUGGCAGUUAUCACCCAUUUACCUAAAAAAAAUCCUUUUUGAUGUAAUUUCAUCAAAUCUAAUAUCUUGGGAGAAGGAAUAAUGCGCCAAAUUUCAAAAAGCAGAAUGCUAUUUAUAUUAAACUUCUGAAGUGCACAUUUGUAGAACCAUCUUGACAAAGUUUUGAACAAAGCGUAUGAAUAUCUAAUUUACCAGGAACAUCUCCAUACUUGAAUCUCUCUGAUAACAACAUGAUUAGCUGUGUGGCAUAAAGAAAUUAUACAACCAAACACGCUGGGACACAAAAAGAACAGAGCUUCUUUCCAGAUUUCUGUUGAUGAAAAUGUGCCUUUUAUUUGUACAAAUGGUAUUUUUAUUUCUCUUCUCUCUUUCUUCAAAGUGCAAUAGCUAAUCUUCAAUGGGGCAUGCCUGUUCACUAGAGGUUGUGUUUUGCCCUGCUGCGUGUUGCUGCUUGAGACUACUGUUUCCUCUCUCUAUCUGUCUCUUUCUCUCCCCCCCUCCCUCUCUAUUAUAUAUUAUAAAUGUAUCAUUUCCAGGUUCUGAAUAUAAAUCUUUGUUGGAGGGAAUCACACAGAAACUCACUAUUUUGGAACAGGUAUAGUUAAAAAAGGAAAUAAAAACAAAGAAGUCCAAA